GGCGCUUUCCACCUGCAUCUGUCGGAUAAUCUGAUUUCAGUGCAGCUUGUAUGGAGGUCGAUAAAGCAGCCGUGCCCCAGCUCGCUCAGUCCGAGGUCUCUGAGGUCGACAGGGCAAAGGAAGUAUGAGCACCGCCCAAGAAGUCGAGUACUGUCCCGUCAGGACUAACAUAGACUUGUCCAAUGUACAGUUCUCCGAUUUUUCCAAUGUCCAGUACUUCGAAAAGAAUGACUCCGAGGUCGGGUCCAAGGUGUCAGUAGACAACAAAGAAAAUGAUGCCCCUCAAGAUUCGGCCGCGGCUGAAGAGCAGCCUGAAGAGGCCGAGGUAGAUGGCGAAGUUGCGGCAGAGCCCACUUCUUCCAAGAACAAGAAGAAAAAGAAGAAGAAGAACAAGAACAAGAGCGAAAGCCAGAUAACUUCGCCUAUAGAGUCCUCCGAAAGCUUUGCAGCUGAAGUCAAGGCUGAGGGGGAAACCGCCGAGACGGCAGAGCAAGACACAACAGUUACCCCUCCUCCGGAGGAGUCAAGUCAGGUGGUCGAAGACGAGGCUAAGAAAGACAAGAAGAAGAAAAAGAAGAAGAAGAAGAGCAGCCCCAAGAACUCGGAGACAGAUGUGGCCGAGGAUAGCGCUCUUGAUCCCGCCCAGCCUCCAUCGCCACCAGCCACCGACGAGGGAAGAGGUGAGGAUGAGGCUACUCCGGUUGUAGAGGAGAAGACCGAAGCCGCAGUUGCGGAGCCUGAGCCUGCUGUCGAAACCGCGAAGGAAGAGACCGCAGCUGAGCCCGAACAUUCGGAUGAGGCCGCCCCUGUUUCCGAAGAAGUCAAGGCCGAAACGGAAUCCGAAGCUCACCACGAAGAUGCCAAGGUAGCUGAGGAAGAGGCUAAGACUACGGAAGAUGCAGCCGCUGUUUCUGCAGAGCCCGAGCAUGCGGAGCCCGAGUCGGAAACCGCUAAGGAGCCCGAGCAUGAGCAGGAGCACGAGCACAAGGAGGAGCAUGAGCAUGUUCCCCAGGAAACCGAGGCUGAGAAGGAGCCAGAGGCUGUGCCUGCUGUUCACGAGGAUGCUCAUGUCGAAGAGUCUCACGAGCCGGCGGAAACACACGAUGAGAAGCCAGCCGAGGAGCCUACUCACACAGAAGAUACCCAGGCACCAGUGGUGGCCGAAGAGCCCGCCGAGCAUGAGGAGACUGAGACAUCAGAGCACAAGGAUGAUGUCCACGUUCCUGAGCCGGCUGAGGCUGAGAAAACGGAGGAGCAUCAUGCUGAAGAAGACAAGCCCUCAGAAGAUGUGAAGCCUGCUGAGGAGGUCGCACCUGCUCACGAAGAGGAGCACGUCGAAGAACAACACUCUGAAGUGCCCGCUACCGAGGGGACGAAGCCUGCCGAAGAGGUUGCUCACGUCGAAGGUUGAGAAAGACACCGCUGAACCUGAGGCCAAGGAAGAGCCUGCUGCCGAGCCUGUCGUCGAGAACCACCAUGAGGAGACCUCUAAGGAGGCUGAAGAGCAUGUCACCGAAGCAGCACACGAAGAGCCUGCCAAGGAACAUGAAGAGUAUGCUGAAGCCGCAAAGGAC